CAACAACCCUCUCCACACACCAGCACCCCCCUGCACAUAAACAGCUCUGGCUCUGGUGGCCCCACUUCCCAUCCCUGGGAACAGGGAGCAGGUGUCCCCAGGGCUCCCCUCCACCCCUCGCCCGGCCGUGCUGCUCCCGAAGCACAGCCCUGCGGGCACACUUCUGCCUCCCAGCCGUGCCACGCUCCACCCCUGGAGCUCUUCCCUUAGCACCAGGAAAGGGCUGUGCAGAGCCUCGACCCCCCGCACUGUCUCGUUCCCUGCCGUAGGGCUCUGGCCACGCUGGGUAAAGUCGAGAUCUGGACAUCUAGGAAUUAAAGAGACGUUGGGAGAGCAUCAGCAUGGUGGGGGUUACUGCUGUCGAAACAGCGAGCGCUGGGCUGAGUUGGGGGGAAAGGGGAGGCUGCAGGCAGGGAAACUUGGGGAAAAAAAGAGAAUUGAGAGGAGGACGGUAAAGGAAGGACACCACAAAGACUGGAUUCCUCCUGGGUAGUCGGGUGUGUCAGAGUGGGAAAUAACCUGCUGAAGCCUGAGCCAGGGAGAGGAGAUGUUUCUAUUGACUGAGUCCAAAGUAACUGCUUGUUUUUUGAGCUGUUUGCUUAUUUCUGAGCCCCCUCAAGGUUUAUGAACUCCGCUGUCCCUCAGGAUUGCUAUCCCUGCAUGUAAACACUUCCCCCCACACUUACGCCCUCUACUUUCCUUCCCUCGUCUUUUGCCUGCUUUUCCCUCAAGAUAAAGCAAAACAAAUGUUGUUGCCAAGAUCUUUACUCCAAACGCUUAGUCCUGCAGCUUUGGGAUCAGGGGAGUUGACUGACCUUUCAGCCAAUUCACCAUUUGCACGUUUAAGUAAUCUGGCCGUUUCUGUGUCUCAGAGUGGGCACUUUUUUAUUGUAGCCAUCUCCUGCAGCUUUCGUUAGUUGAGCUUCUCUGGCUGACCUGAUGCAGAGUGAUUGUGCAGUGCAGGAGACCCUGAUUUCCUGUCUCUCACUCCCCUUCUGCACUUCCAUUUCACAUUCCACUGAGGACUCAAAAUGGCUGCAGAUACAAACCCACGCAGAGGUAUUGUGAGCUGUGGGGUGAGAUCCAGGGCCUACUGUGAAGCGAAGGGAGUUUUCAGGUGUGAGUGCAUGCUGUGAAUGGCAUUUCCAAAAGAUGGUACUUCUACCGCAGCCCCAGACCCUACAACAGAGGUUGGUAUUUCUCAGGAGGUCAACCAGGUGUUUGAACCGGCGGAUACCUUACCCUCCCGGAGCGAGGCAGCCGCUGUGCAGCCUGUCAUUGGGAUCAGUCAGAGAGUGCAGAUGAGCUCCAAAGAAAAGAAGGACUUAGGGACACUAGGGUAUGUGCUGGGGCUGAUCAUGAUGGUCAUAAUCAUUGCCAUUGGAGCUGGUAUUGUCAUGGGAUACAUCUACAAGAGGGGGAAAGACCUGAAGGAGAAGCAUGAACAGAAAGUUUAUGAGCGUGAAAUGCAGCGCAUCACACUGCCACUCUCGGCGUUCAGCAACCCUGCCUGUGAGCUUGUAGAGGAGAACACAAUCGUGGUGCACACUAACGAGACACCUGUGGAGGACACGCACGAUGGUAGCGGUCCACUCAUGGGGCAGGCGGGUACCCCUGGUGCCUGAGCAGCUGGGGUGGAAGAGGUACAGGCUGAGUGAAGCCCCCAGCUUCCCACUGAGUGCAGGGGGUGGUGCGUGUGUUCAUUCCUAUUUUGUUUUCUUUUUGAUGAAAGCCAGCUGGAGGUGAUGCAGAAGGACAGACCAAUGGGCUGUCAUCAUGGUCUGUUUGGGGGAACCGUUCAGUGCAUGACCAGCUGGGGACUGGUGUGGUGGACCCUGCUGCUUCCUCCCGCCUAUCUCCAUGGAGUGCCAGGGGGUAGGGGGGAUGAUGGGCCAGGCUCACACUUGGCCACAGAUCGCAUAGUCCAGAGCAUGGUCUUGGCUUCCUCUUUUUCUGUUCCUUUCCUGUUGAAUGGUGUGCACUGUUACUUGCGUUUCAGCCUGGAACCCCAGGAGUGAGCAGUACUGCAGGGACUGAGGGGAGCUUCACGUGAGACAUAGCUAGAUAAUUACACUCUGAUUAUAGUUCCUGCCUUUUCGCUUUAGUGGUUGAGAGCUGGAGACACUGUCCAGGAUCCUGCUACUGAAUCUUUUUUUCUGAGGGGAAGAGUGUAUUUGAGGGAUGGCUCUGGCCAGGAGCAGUACGUUUAGCCCAGUGUCAUUUUGGAAAAGCUCUUCUCAAGCUGCUGAGAAAUCCAGGUCUUCCAAGGCUGAGGCCACAUCUCCAUUCCUGUGGUGCUGCACGCACAGCCAGAGUUGUAGGUGUCCAGGCAGUCUCUACCUCCUGCUCACUUACACAGAUCAGGAAACCAGAAGGCUAGCAGUAGAUAUUUGUGGAGUGAAGAAACAUAACCUGCCCUUCAGUCACCUACAGUGAGUUGAGCACUGAGGGUAGCUAACAUCAGCUCCCACGUUCCCUUGACUUCCUACAGGGCCAGCUCUGGACCGAGUGGCCAAGGCAGCUGUUUGGGGGGAGGG